UCGACACAGGCAAAUAACAGAGCUACACCUGGGGAUCGCCGACGGCUCUCUUGUGGCGGGAGCUGUCACCGAGAGCGCCUGUGGAAACUCACCCCCUCCUCCUCUCUUCCCCAGCCCGGGCUCGGCGCAGCAGUCAAGAGCUCCCCAUCUAUAAAUACUCCUGCAAAUAAGGCAGGCGGCCGCCAGAAAGAAGGGGGAACAGUUCGGAGGACUAUUCUUCUCUGGAUUAUAACCCCGAUUGAAGGGAAUUUGCGCUGGGAGAUUAUUAAUCGAAUCUUGCGUCACUGACAGCUCGGCGGAGAUUCCUCCUUGAACCAGGGAAGCAUUUCGGCCGGAGAAAAGGAAAGGCUGGUUAUCUUCUACCCCUCCCUCCCCACCCCCCUCCCCACCACCAUUCCCUCCCUCCCUCCCUCCCUCCCCCCCCCCGCUCUUCGGCCCCUCUUGUGCCGGCUAGCAUGGCUUUGAGCCGGGUGGAGAGGCGCGGCUGCCUCCCCCUCUGCCCUCUUCCCCCAUGUUAACCAUGGUCCAUGCGAACGCGUCCUCGAACCGAGACUCCGCCGUGUUGAACAUGGACCCUGUCAUCAUCCCCAUCGACGCCGAGAUGAUCUGCGACAGCAACGACCAGCGCAUGUGGUGGGCCUUCCUCGCCUCGUCCAUGGUCACCUUCUUCGGGGGGCUCUUCAUCAUCCUGGUGUGGAGGACCAUCCAGUACCUGUGGGCUGUCUGCUGUCACUGCGGCCUCAAGAACAAGGAUGCACAGAAAAUUGGCGGUGCAGCCAGUCAGCGCGACGACACCCUCCAGGACCUGGAUGAUAAGGAGGAGAUACCAAAGGGGGAGGUCGGCUGGAUGACCUCUGUAAAGGACUGGGCCGGAGUCAUGAUAUCCGCCCAGACUCUCACCGGCCGAGUUCUCGUGGUCUUGGUGUUUGCCCUCAGCAUUGGUGGCACUUGUAAUAUACUUCAUAAGAUUCUUCAGAGUAACCCAAUAGAAUCCUGCCAGAAUUUCUACGAUGAUUUCACAUUACAGAUUGACAUGGCAUUCAACGUAUUCUUCCUCCUGUACUUCGGACUGCGGUUUAUUGCAGCCAAUGAUAAGCUGUGGUUCUGGUUGGAAGUGAAUUCAGUGGUGGAUUUCUUCACCGUGCCUCCGGUCUUCGUGUCCGUGUACUUGAGCAGAAGCUGGCUGGGUUUGCGAUUUUUAAGAGCGCUGAGAUUGAUACAGUUCUCAGAAAUUUUACAAUUUCUAAAUAUCCUAAAAACAAGUAAUUCCAUCAAGUUGGUGAACCUACUCUCCAUAUUUAUAAGCACAUGGCUAACAGGAGCUGGCUUCAUACACUUGGUGGAGAACUCAGGAGAUCCUUGGGAAAACUUCCAGAACUCCCAACCGCUGACAUACUGGGAAUGCGUCUACUUGCUGAUGGUCACCAUGUCGACGGUCGGAUACGGGGACGUUUACGCAAGGACCACUCUCGGGCGCCUCUUCAUGGUCUUCUUCAUCCUCGGGGGUUUGGCCAUGUUUGCAAGCUACGUCCCUGAAAUCAUAGAGUUAAUAGGGAACCGCAAGAAAUAUGGUGGUACCUAUAGUGCGGUAAAUGGAAGAAAGCACAUAGUGGUGUGUGGGCACAUCACGCUGGAAAGUGUGUCCAACUUUCUAAAAGACUUCUUGCACAAAGACAGGGAUGAUGUGAAUGUAGAAAUUGUCUUUCUGCACAAUAUUUCCCCUAACCUUGAGCUCGAAGCUCUUUUUAAAAGACAUUUCACUCAGGUGGAAUUCUUCCAAGGUUCUGUCCUGAAUCCUCAUGAUCUCGCCAGAGUCAAGAUAGAGUCAUCAGACGCUUGCUUAAUUCUGGCGAACAAGUACUGUCCUGACCCCGAUGCUGAAGAUGCCUCGAACAUCAUGAGGGUAAUAUCCAUCAAAAAUUAUAAUCCAAAGAUAAGAAUUAUAACACAGAUGCUACAGUAUCACAACAAGGCUCAUCUGCUGAACAUACCCAGCUGGAACUGGAGGGAGGGUGAUGAUGCAAUCUGCCUUGCUGAGCUGAAACUGGGUUUUAUAGCUCAAAGCUGCUUGGCUCCAGGCCUCUCUACAAUGCUGGCCAACCUCUUCUCUAUGAGGUCGUUUAUCAAGAUCGAGGAGGAUACUUGGCAGAAAUACUACCUGGAAGGUGUGGCAAAUGAGAUGUACACAGAAUACCUGUCCAGUGCCUUCAUAGGCUUGUCGUUCCCUGCAGUUUGUGAGCUGUGCUUUGUGAAGCUGAAGCUGUUACUGUUGGCCAUAGAAUACAAAUCAGACACAAGGGAAAGCAGCAUAUUAAUCAAUCCUGGGAACCACAUCAAGAUCCAUGAAGGCACAUUGGGUUUCUUCAUUGCAAGUGACGCCAAGGAAGUAAAAAGGGCCUUUUUCUACUGUAAGGCUUGUCAUGAUGACAUCACAGAUACAAAAAGGAUUAAGAAAUGUGGCUGUAAACGACUUCAAGAUGAAAACCCAUCAGCACUGUCUCCCAAAAAAAAGCAACGAAAUGGAGGCAUGCGAAAUUCACCCAACAGUUCACCCAAACUGAUGAGGCACGACCCCCUGUCACUCCCAGGAAAUGAUCAGAUUGAAGAAAAAGAUGCCAGCGUGAAGAAAUACGACUCCACUGGCAUGUUUCACUGGUGUCCAGCCAAAGAAAUGGAAAAGGUCAUCCUGACCCGGAGUGAGGCUGCUAUGACGGUAUUAAGUGGUCACGUGGUUGUGUGUAUUUUUGGGGACAUGAACUCUGCCUUGGUUGGUUUACGCAACCUCGUCAUGCCUUUACGGGCCAGCAACUUCCAUUACCACGAACUGAAGCACAUUGUUUUUGUUGGGACACUGGAAUACCUGACGAGAGAGUGGGAGACCCUUCACAACUUUCCCAAAGUGUCGAUAUUACCGGGUACACCAUUAUGUCGAGCUGAUUUAAGGGCUGUCAACAUCAACCUCUGCGACAUGUGUGUUAUUUUAUCAGCCAAUCAGAACAAUAUCGACGAUUGUUCGCUCCAAGACAAAGAAUGCAUCUUGGCGUCACUCAACAUCAAAUCUAUGCAGUUUGAUGACAGCAUAGGGGUCUUACAAGCUAAUUCCCAAGGAUUCACACCGCCGGGGAUGGACAGAACAUCACCAGACAACAGUCCCGUCCAUGGCCUGGUCCGACAGACUUCCGUUACCACAGGAGCCAACAUCCCAAUGAUGACUGAGCUAGUUAAACCUGGCAAAUUGCUCCCUUUGGUUUCAUUCAGUCAGGAAAAAAACAUUGGAGCCAACAUCCCAAUGAUAACUGAAUUGGUGAAUGACUCCAAUGUUCAAUUCUUGGACCAAGAUGAUGACGACGAUCCAGACACCGAGUUGUAUCUGACGCAGCCAUUUGCGUGUGGGACUGCAUUCGCUGUCAGUGUGUUAGACUCCCUAAUGAGUGCGACAUACUUCAAUGACAAUAUCCUGACUCUGAUACGGACAUUAGUAACAGGGGGAGCCACACCAGAGCUGGAGUCGAUGCUGGCUGAAGAAAACGCCUUGCGAGGUGGCUACAGCACUCCACAGACACUGGCAAACAGGGACAGGUGUCGGGUGGCACAGCUGGCUCUGUACGACGGCCCCUUCGCAGACCUUGGGGAUGGUGGCUGUUACGGAGACCUGUUCUGCAAAGCCUUGAAAACCUACAACAUGCUUUGCUUUGGAAUUUAUCGACUAAGAGAUGCACAUCUGCGUACACACAAUCAGUGUACCAAGCGAUAUGUAAUCGCAAAUCCACCCUACGAGUUUGAACUUGUCUCAACUGAUGUGAUCUUCUGCCUGAUGCAAUUUGACCACAAUGCUGGCCAGUCCCGAGGCAGCGUUUCGCACUCGUCUCAUUCCUCUCACUCUUCCAGUAAGAAAAGCUCGUCUGUGCACUCCAUCCCAUCUUCCACCAACCGUCCAAACCGGAACAAGACAAGGGAUCCCCGGGAAAAGCAGAAUGCUACAAGGAUGACUAGAAUGAGCCAAGAAAAGAAAUGGUUUACAGAUGAAACUGAUAACGCCUUCCCCAGGAACAUUCAGAUAAAACCACUGAGCGGUCACAUGGCUAAUCAAAUCAAUCAGUACAAAUCCACCAGCAGUUUGAUCCCACCCAUCAGAGAGGUAGAAGAUGAAUGUUGAUACUUGUACAAACUCUAAACUGAGAGGGAGACAUUGUGAAGCACCUUUAACUAGAUGCUGGCUUUGACACUCCAUGGACCUUGCCGUUACACAGCAGUUGAAGGACCAUACACGUCACUCCACCAAGAAGCAGCAACUAUCUGCCCUUGAAAAUUAUCUGCUUGUCCAGCAUGGAAUCACAGGUUUUAUUGAAUGGUUUCACUGAUAACUUGAAGACAAUCGAUGCAGACUGAAUAUUAUGGCCAGUUAUGAUUAGAAGGUCUUUAUUUUAUAAUGCAAAACUUUGUUGUUUCCUACUUUGUAACUUCUUUCUUUUUGUGACCAGACUCGGAUUUUGUUUCCCUUUGGAGGAUGAAGGUCACAAAAAAAAAUAUUAGUUAAAUGUACACAAUCCCUCAAUAAAUGAAAUAAUAAAACCAGUAUACUUCUAGCAGUGAGGCUUCCAUUGUGGUCUGAUGACUAGCAUGUGAAUGCUUUCAGAAUAUAAGCUGUUAUCUGUCCUGUGUUCAGGUAGGGCAUAGAGCAAGUCCUGUGUUACAAAUUGUUCAACAAUAUGUUAUUGCCCAUUAUUCAGUUUUCCAUCUCUGAAUUUCUUUUCUGUUUUGCUAAGAUACAGAAGUGCUUGACCAUAUGGUCUCCUGUGGAAGAGAACAUUUCAAGCCAAGUGCUAUUUUUCUGCAAUCACCCAUUUUCUCCUCUUUUAAACUGUUUUGAAAUGGGAAUUUUGAGACGCCACAAAUUAGUUAACACCAUAAAGUAGAUUGUACUUUGCAGUAUAUUCUGGGUGGAUAAGACAUUAAUGUUAAUUCGAUGAAGUAGAAAACAAUAUUGCAGAGUUGACUAACUGAAGCAAACUUGCACAGCAUCUUAACUUAGUUCAUAGUUCCCAAGCUGCACUUACUGACCCAAGGAACUCAAUGUCUGACUGUUGGUGUGACACCCCACCACACCCCUCACCCCCACUCCCAACCCCCUCACAGAGAAGACAGCCAUCACAAGAAGACAGCUGACCUAGGCUUACUGCAAAUUCACAGUACUGGGAUAGGAAAAGAAACACAGCAGGCAUCCUUACUCUUUGUACUCAGAUCUUGCUGUGACAAUCCCACAAGUUUAGGUUCUAUCUUUAGCUAAAACUUUAUCUCAGCUUCAUUGUCCGUUCUGUGACUGCAACACUGAACACAUCCGUACUGCAACCAGAUAACACCUUGUUCUGGAGUGAUUUUUGAAUUGUGAUUACUUUGUUGUUACAUUUUGUAGGCAGUAGAGUGAACAAUUGUGAAUAAAAUAUAAUACUAUUGAUUGGAUUGUUAAUAAGGAAAACUUGCUAACCUGUUUUAAUCUUCAGCAUCUACCAUUCAAGUUUGACUCUUUCAUGCUGCCUGAGGUUGGGAAUUAAGUGGAUUAAAACCCAACAACAACUAAAAGCUAACUUUACUGCUCUUACCGAGAAAAUAUGCACCUUCAUUAUUAUUUGGCAUGUUUUAGGUUUUGCAUUUGCACAACUUUCCUUCUUUAAAUUUCGUUCCUGAACUCUGUGUCGUUCUCGUUGCUCAGCUGCUCCCGCAGCCUUGCUGUGAAGACAAUCACAGCAAGGGCUCCUGUGUCCUCCUCAAUUUUUAUUUUUGGUUUGCAAUUUUUUUUUAAAUGAGUUUCCUUUCUCUAGGAAAUUAGAGAAGAUUAAUAUGACGGUGUUCAGAUUUGAUUGACCUGGCGCUGUCAUAUCUGAUAUCUGGUGAUAAUAUUUUGUCUUGUACAAAAAGAGUUUGUACAUAUAUUGUACAUGGUUUCAUUUUGUAUUUUUUCUCAGAUUAAAACUGUUGUA